AUGAGUGAUGACAAGGACUUCAAUGAUUUGUGUUUUGCCUGUCGAGUCAAUCAAGUUGAUAAGUUUGAUUAUACUCCAUUAUACUUGGCUAGUCUUUGUGGACAUGAGGAAAUUGUAAGGAUGUUGCUUCAAAGAGGUGCUAUUUGUGAUAUUGAUAAAAGAGAAUCAAUUCGUGCAGUUUAUGGGGCAUUAACUGAUCAAAUUAGAAAUUUAUUAAUUUCUUAUGAUAUUUCUAAAAAAGUUGAUACAAAUUUACCAUUUGCCUCACAUUUCCGUUCCUUGUUGAAUGGUACCUCGUUAUUAACUGAAGAUAUUGCAUUUGAAUUAUCUGAUGAUUCCAAGUUAAGACUUCAUAGAUUUUUAUUAAGUACAAGGAGUAAAUAUUUCCGUGAAAAAUUAAUAAAUUCAUGGUCUACAAAAGAUUUAAUUAAAUUAACUGAUCAUUCAGAUAUUAAUGCUUUCUCAAUAGUGGUGGAUUAUUUAUAUUUACAUCAUAAUCCUUCAAAAUUUGACAAGAUUGAUUAUAAUUUAUUAUUAUCAUAUGGUAAAAAAAUUAAAUUAAAUGAAUUCAUUAAAAUAAUUGAAGAUCUUAUAAAAGCUGGUGAUGAUUCUAAAGCUAAGGCAAAAUUAAUGAAUGAAUUCCAAAUUAGAAUGUUUGAAAGUGCAAGAGAUGAUUUCCAAAAAUUAGUUGAAGAUGAAAUUAUUAAUAAAAAAAUUAUAUCAAAUAAAGAAGCAUUGACAGAUGAUCAAAUUGAAACAUUCCAGAAAUCUGUUGGGUUCCCAGAUAUUAUAUUAUCAGUUCAUGAAGAGAAUGAUGAAGAUGAUGAAGAGAAUGAUGAUAAAUACAUAUUUUAUCCCGUACAUCGUGCAAUCUUAAUUCGUGAUGAUUAUUUUAAAGUUAUGUUUUCAUCACAAUUUCAUGAAUCAACAAUUUAUGAAUUAAACACCACUCAUCAAAUCAUUGAUAGAUCAACAACAAUUCCUACAAUUCAUUUACCCGUGUCAUCAUCAGAAGUUGCUGAAAUUAUAAUUCGAUUUUUUUAUUAUGAUCAUUCAGAAAUCCCAUUAAAUUAUGCAAUUGAUGUUCUUUUCGCUGGUGAUUUAUUAUUAAAUGAACGAUUGAAAACAAUGGCUGCUGUUACAUUAACAACAUCUGAUUCAUUACCUGAUGGUUAUGAUCUUUAUGAUAUUUUGAGAGCAGGUUGGGAAACUAGAGUUGAUAGAUUAGAACAUUAUGUUGCUAAAACAAUUGCAAAUAAUUUGGAAAAUUAUUUAAAAGAUUCUGAAUUUGCAAAUAUUGUUUUGGAAGUAUGUGAAAAAAAUGAAUUUGUUGAAACAUUACCAGGUUAUAAAUCUUAUCAAAAAGAUCUUGAUGAAAUUGAAGAUUUAUUACAAGAUUUACAAUUAGAAGCAUAG